CCCCUGCUGCCUCCCUGCAGCAGCUCUCCCUCCUGGCAAAGCCUUCAGCCCAGCCUGCUCCUAGCUGUCCAGGGCGCCUCCGGCGGGCCGGGCGGCCACCUCCCUCCUUUUCUCUCUGGCUGCCUCCUCCUCCCCUCUCCUCCCCUCCUUCCCCCUUCACCCCCAACCCCUGCCCUGGACUCUGCAAACAUGAGGGGCUUGGCCUGCCUCCUUGCAAUACUGGUGGGGACCCAGGCUGUUGAGCGACUCCGCCUCGCUGAUGGUCCCCAUGGCUGUGCCGGCCGCCUGGAGGUCUGGUACAGCGGCCGUUGGGGCACCGUGUGUGACGACGGAUGGGACCUCCGGGACGCUGCAGUGGCCUGCCGUGUGUUGGGCUGCGGAGGGGCGCUGGCCGCCCCCGGGGGUGCCUUCUUCGGGGAGGGCACUGGGCCCGUGUGGCUCAGUGAGCUGGCCUGCCGGGGCAGUGAGGGACAGCUGGGCACCUGUCCCCACCGGGGCUGGAAGGCCCAUAUCUGCUCUCAUGAGGAGGACGCAGGCGUCGUCUGUGUAGGUCAGCGUGCAGCUAACUCUAGAGAAGAUUCAACAUCCCUACUGGAUGGGGAUCCGUGGCUGCCACUGUCCGGGGAGCUGAGCCCUAGCUCAGAGGAGCCCCCUGUGACUCAUGCCCCCCAACCAGCAGCAAGCUCCCAGAAUGGCCCUCGCAAGAAGAAUCCCAGGCCACCCAAGCAGGCCAAGUCCACCCGGGCCCCUGUACUGACAAAUGGAGCUCCCCGCCAAGAGCGGCUGCGCCUGGUCUCAGGUCCCCACGGAUGUGCCGGCCGCCUGGAAGUCUGGCACGGUGGACGCUGGGGCACCGUGUGUGAUGAUGGAUGGGACCUCCGAGAUGCAGCUGUGGCUUGUCGGGAGCUGGGAUGUGGGGGGGCGCUGGCCGCCCCUGGGGGUGCCAGGUUCGGACCUGGCUCAGGACCCGUGUGGAUGGAUGACGUAGGGUGUGGAGGAGGAGAGCAGGCUCUCCGGGACUGCCCCAGAAGCCCCUGGGGCCGGAGCAACUGUGACCAUACUGAGGAUGCGGGGCUGGUCUGCACUGGUCCUGCACCCAGGCUGCGCCUCGCUGAUGGUCCCCACGGCUGCGCUGGCCGCCUGGAGGUUUGGCACGGUGGACGCUGGGGGUCGGUGUGUGACGACGCUUGGGAUCUUCGCGAUGCUGCUGUGGCCUGCAGGGAGCUGGGCUGUGGGGGCGCGCUGGCCGCCCCAGGGGGGGCCUUCUUCGGGGAGGGGGCUGGACCCAUCGUCCUGGAUGAUCUCAGAUGUCGGGGGAAUGAGACAGCCUUGCGAUUCUGCCCUGCGAGGCCCUGGGGCCAACAUGACUGUCAUCAUCGGGAGGAUGCUGGGGCCGUGUGUGAUGGCAUGCCUCUCGGUGCUGUGCAGCCCACAGCCCCCGCAGUGGACAGCAACACCUCAGCACCCAGGCUUCUGUCUACCUCCGUGGGCCAGACCCCAGGCCCAGCAGGCAGCUGGACUCCGCCUGCUUCUCCCACUGCCCCCCCAGAGCCUGGUCCCGAAGCUGGGUCCCCCCAGUUGCGCCUGGUGGCUGGACCCAGCAGGUGCUCUGGCCGGCUGGAGGUAUGGCAUGACGGACGCUGGGGGACGGUUUGUGACGACAGCUGGGACAUGAGAGACUCCGCUGUGGUCUGCCGGGAGCUGGGCUGCGGGGGACCUCGGCAACCAGACCCUGCAGCAGGCCGUUUCGGCUGGGGCGCCGGCCCCAUCUGGCUGGAUGAUGUAGGCUGUGUGGGGACCGAGGCUUCGCUCUCAGAAUGCCCAGCUGCUGCCUGGGGGAAGCACAAUUGCGCCCACAAUGAGGAUGUCGGGGUUACCUGCACUGGGACCCCUGGCCUGGAUACCAUCUCAGACCCCUUAAGCUGGAGCUGGCUCCCUGGGCUGGGUAGAGAUCAGGAUGCCUGGCUUCCAGGAGAGCUGGCCACCAAGGCCUCUGCCAGCCUCACCUCCAGUGUGCUAGAGAAAACCACAAAGGCUCCAGGGAAAGCACCCAAGAGCACCAAGAAGUGGGUGCCUAAAAAUGCAAAAAGACCAACCACCCAACCCCCUGGGAUACCCACCACUAAACGCUCCAGGGUCCCAGGCACCUCGAGCACCCUAAAUCUAACCCCACGUACCUCUGAGUUACCCGAAAGACUGACCACGGAGGCUCCCCACAGACAGACGUCACAUACCACCACAAAGGCGACUCCCAGGGUCCCCUGGGAGUGGACCUCAGGGACUGUAGCAUCACUGUCUACUCAAGGCCCCCAAGAAGUGACCUCUGAGGCCACCAUCACACAAAUCCCUCAGGCCUCCUUGGAGCCAUCAGGUGAGAGCCCAGAAGGUUCUCUGGAGUCAUCCCGAGAUCCAGCCCCCUCCCCAUCUCCUGGAGUCUCCGUGCCACCAGGUCCCUUCCGGGUUCGUCUGGCCGAUGGGCCCAACAGGUGUGCUGGCCGGCUGGAGGUGUGGCAUGCUGGACAGUGGGGGACAGUCUGUGACGACAGCUGGGACCUUCGGGACGCCACAGUCGCCUGCUGGGAACUGGGCUGUGGAAAGGUCCGGCCCCGAGUAGGCAAAACCCACUACGGCCCUGGGACCGGGCCCAUCUGGUUGGAUGACAUGGGCUGUAAGGGUAGUGAGACCUCACUGAUCGACUGCCCCUCGGGCACAUGGGGGAAGCACAAUUGUGACCACGAGGAAGACGUGGUACUCACCUGCACCGGCUACACAGAUGACGAUGAUUACCCCUCCUGGACCUGGGACCCCACUUCAGGAGAGGACCUGACCAAAGGGACCACUGUGGCAGCAUGGCCUGGACAGACUCUCUCCUGGGCUACCACCAGGAACCCCGAAGUCCCCUCUUCAGGAACACAGAGGCUUACGGACACAGAUGACCAGGGUCGUUAUGAGCUCUCCUGGACACGGGAUACGCCUGCACGAAGGGGUCUGUCGCACCUCCACAAAGGGACCCCCACCACAAGCCAACCCAGACCUCCUGUCACCAGCGGCACCGGCAAGAGUCCAGGCCACCCCUUUCCGGCUCCGAGAGCCCGUGGAGACACAGGUUCCCCAAGGAAGCCAAAACCCGAGCGCAGGCUGCUGCGGCCCACCCCGGCCAGGACAGCACCCGCCACCUCAUCCCCAGCUUCUGGCUCACGGCUGACCUCUGGCUCCUGGCCACUGCUCAUCCCUGACUCGGCCUCCCAGCCGGGGAGGCCCACAGACCCUCCCAAAACAUCUCCACCCACCCCAGGAAUGCCCUCCCUGACGGUCUCCGACUCCACCUCCUCCAGUUCUGCGGCCAGUUUGCCUCCAACUCCGAGCCCAGAGCACUCCCGCAGCCCCGCACCCGCCUCCCCUGAAGGGCUAACCUCUGACUCCUCUGCGCUCUCAGAAGUGACCAGCCUUCCCCCUACCUCAGAGCUGUCUCCAGAAUCCGACACAACCCCAGACGUGGGCACAACACCCGAAGUAGACCCCGAGAGUUCUGACUCCUCAGACCUCCCCGUGAGCCCCAGGACCCCCACAUUCACAGCCCCUCACCCCACCACCACCUUUAACCCCACCACCGUCCCUCACCCCACCACCGCCCCUCACCCCACCACCGCCCCUCACCCCACCACAACUUCUCACCCUACCAUGACCCCUCAGCAUACCACAAACCCUCAGCUUCCCAGGACCCCUCACCCCACCGCCACGCCCCAACCUCCCACCAACCCCCAUAUUUCCUCAGCCCCUGCCACCCCUACAAACUCCCUUCCAUCCUCCCUGGAGACAGAAUUUCCCUCUCUCCCUCCAGAACCCAAGGUCAAGCCUAGCCUCCGCCCAGAGCUGACCUUGGUGGGAGCCCCUCCCACGGUCACAUCCCCGCUGCAGAACCCGGAGCCCUCUCCAGCCUCCGAGUCUGACCCCUCCAGGCCCUCUCCGGCCCCAAGCCUGGACCCACUAUCCACGGAGGUCUCCAAACCACCCAGCAGCCAGAGCCCCAGAUUAACCUCUCCACCUAUCCAGACCCCACACUCAACUUCAGACCCCACUGUGACCCCCGACCUUCACCUCUCCUCUAUGGCCCACCCGUUGGACCAACCUCCCCCUGACCACCUCACUCAAGGGCCAAGCCCUAAUCCCAACCCAGGUCCCCUUGGGCCAUGUGUGCCCCCAGAACCACCCGUAAGGGUCAUGGCCUGCGAGCCACCUGCCUUGGUGGAGCUGGUGGCCGCGGUGAGGGAGGUGGGUGACCAGCUGCAGAGGUUGACUCAGGUCCUGGAACAAGACCGGCAGGACCGUCGAGUCCUGGGGCUGGGCCUAGUCCAGUUGGUGGAGGCUGCUCAGGGCCUGGGGCAGCUGAGCGAGACUGUGAAGAGACUCGCAGAGGUGGCCUGGCCCCCCAGCACGCCUGUGCCCACCACCCCCACCACCACGGAGGAGGAGAGGCCUCUGAGGGGAGACGUGUGACCCAUUCUGAAACUCCGGGUGCUUAAGAUCCUCUCAAACAAACACGAGAAAACCAAAGUAUUCUACCAACAGAGCGUGGGUGUUGUUACUGGGGAAUUGGGGGGGACCCUGGAGGGACAGAGUCACAAUGCUGGCCCUAACUGGUCAACGCCACACGUGCUACGGUAAUGGUGAUGGUGAUGGUGCCGAACGUGAAGGCAAUAACUGUGGUGACGGUGUGGGUGAUGAUGGGGUGAUGGUGGCGUUGAUAGUGAUCACAGUGGGUGGGGGUGACACCGUGGUGCUUAUGAUGAUGGUCACGGUAGUGAUGGUGUUGGUGGUAAUAAAGGUGAUGAUGAUGGUAAUGGUGCAAUGUGAGUGACCGUGAGUGUGUGGAUGGUGUAGUGAUGAAGGUGGUGAUGGUGUGUUGGUGGUGGGGGUGGCGUUAAUUGUGAAGGUCACGGCGAUGGUGAUGAUGGUGAAGGUAAUCAGAUGGUGACUCUGAGAUGGUGGCGAUAAUAUGAUGAUGGUGUUGAGGAUAUCGGUGGCGGUGACGGGGAAGGGUAUGGUAAUGGUGGCUAUGGAUAAUGAAGGUGUUGGACGGUAGUGAUGGGUGAUGGAAGGUGGCGCGGUGAUGGGAGGUGGCGAUGAGUGAUGACGUUAAUCGUGCAGGCAUGGCGAUGGCAUUGAUAUGCUAGCCAUGCUGGUGAUCGCCUUGAUCGUGCUCG